GUACGGACGUGUUGCGGAGCGCAGCAAUAUUUACGUUUCUGCUCAUGACUUCGUCGCAGCUGCAAUCUUUGAUUCGCGGUGCUCACUGAUUACAUGGAAGACAAAUCAGAGGAUUGCUAUGACGAAAUGUUGCAUAUCGAGAGAGCCGACUGACACCCAUUUAUGAGGAUAAUCUACGAUGCCGAAGGGCAACGUCGAAGGGCAACGUCGAAAGACGACGCCGAAGGACCGGACUACGAUACCAGGCUACGAUAUCGGUCGACGAUGAUAGUCUACGUCGCUGUUCUUCGAUUCGUUUCUGAUCUGGUGGAGCUUGUAGCCGUGACGAAGAGGUCUGUGAUUCAAGUGUUCGCGGAUGCAGGACCGAAGGAUUCGGUUCGGGCCAAGCAGAGUCGAUUCGAAGAAUUAAAAGCAGCGGACUCUGAGUUGGCGACAUGUUUCGAUCUGGGGCGAGAAUUAUUGAUGACGGAGAUUGGAACACAUCGCAAGGGAGGUUGCAGUGAGUGGAGAUGUGGAUGGCGAACCGGAGGAUCCGGUUCGGGCCGAGAGGGCUCGGCUCGAAGAUCUUGUAGCAGAACGUUGCCGGCUCUAGCUUCUGUGUUGAGAUCCAAUAGAGUAUACAUAAUCACGCGGCUUUGGGGGAUGCCGCGCCGGAGGAUUCGGCUCGGGCCUGUCUGAGUCGGC